AUGUUCACUACAUAAUAAACUAAAUAAUACUAAAAAUAUUCCGUAAUAUUAGUAUUUUCUCUUUAUUUCAUAAUACUUUAUCUACGAUAUAAAAUAUACAUAAAUUCUUUAGGUUUUAGGAUGUAAUUCAUGAAGUCUCAUUUCUAAACAUAAUAAUUGAAUAUUGUAUACAAAAGAAAAAUAUUAAAUAAAUUAAAAAAAAGAUUUAAAAUGGUAAUGAGUUUCACUUAUGUUUAUUUUAGGGAGCACACAAAUCAUUGAGAAUGAAGAAGAGAUUGAUCAAAGCAAAUAAGCAAAAUAGACCUCUUCCAAAUUGGUUUAGAUAUAGAACUGAUAACACAAUCAGGUAAUGAUUGAAUCUUAGUCUCAUUAUAGAUAUAAUUCAAAGCGUAGACACUGGAGAAGAACUAAGCUUAACAUCAAUUGA